AUGGCUAAGGAAGAGCAUACUUGUGCACAACCUGUUGGAUAUCUAGGAGGACCGUACAAUACCUCUCUUUUGGUUAAGUACGAACAUCGUAUUGCUAGACAUAUAUGGUUCGGUGAGAAGAGAGGUACGAAGAAAGAGUUAAAGGUAGCAGGACAUGGGUUGAAGCUAAUUAAGAGGGUUUCACUGCAACUUCCUAGAGAGAUGGAGGGUUGGGUAUCUAGGUAUGGUCUAUCUUCACUCCAGAGAACCAAUUUAACGAAGAUAGAUACGUAUCUGGUUUUUGCAUUUGUAGAUAGAUGGCAUCUAGAGACAUCUUCAUUUCACAUGUCGUUUGGUGAGAUGAUGAUUACUCUGGAUGACGUAUCUUGUUUGCUUCACUUUCCCAUCAGGGGAGUCUUCUAG